UUGUUUUUUGUAAGCAGAUGGCUCGUACGAAGCAAACUGCUCGCAAGUCUACUGGUGGGAAGGCUCCUAGGAAGCAGCUUGCUACCAAGGCUGCUCGCAAGUCUGCCCCCACAACUGGUGGUGUGAAGAAGCCUCACCGUUACAGGCCUGGAACUGUCGCUCUUCGUGAGAUUCGCAAGUACCAGAAGAGCACGGAGCUUUUGAUUAGGAAGUUGCCAUUCCAGAGGCUUGUCAGGGAAAUUGCCCAGGACUUCAAGACUGAUCUGCGUUUCCAGAGCCAUGCUGUGCUUGCGCUGCAAGAGGCAGCUGAGGCAUAUCUUGUGGGUCUGUUUGAGGACACCAACCUGUGUGCCAUCCAUGCCAAGCGUGUGACCAUUAUGCCCAAGGACAUUCAGCUGGCUAGGAGGAUCAGGGGUGAAAGGGCUUAAGAUGGCUCUAGUUAUGGAAUUCAAACAUUGUGACAUCUGCAUGCUAUAUUUCUAGCUUUUAGUAGUAACUGUGGGACCAUUGUAUUUGUUUGUUUGUUCAGUAUUGCCAUGGAACAAGAACAACCAAUUCUAGUUUUAGUUGUUAGAACGAUGUUGGUUGCUGCGCUGGUCUUUUAUGGUGUCUUGGUAUGGAAAAAACGGAGUCUGUGAUUGGUGACUGCAAUUUGUCGUUGGAUCAUCCAUCGACUCAUGGAUGUGUAUGUAAUUGUUCUUAUUUUUAUGUAGUCUGUGUUAUUAAAGGUUUAGUCUUGGAUGUUUUUUUAGUCUUUGUGCGGAAUGUCAGCUAUUGCAUUGUUGGUCAGC